CAGUUCGCUCCACUCUAAUAGGAACCGGUGCUAGUGUUUGGCAACAAAAGAAUUGGCGAUUGUUGCAAUUCCAUCGGCAAUCAAGACCUUCGCGCUCUCUACUAUCUUUAGAUUUGUUGUUCUCCCGCGCUUUUUUCCUCCUUCGCAUUACAAUGAUUUGGUUGGCCGCUUGUUAUGUAUGUGCUGCUGUGAGAAAUCACAACGUUAUGUGAAAAAUACAAUAAAUAAACGUUCAAAGAGAAUGUUCGAAGGACUGGUUCAUCGGGUGCUGGUAGGUUAUCUUGGUCGUUAUGUGAAAAAUAUUCAGAAAGACCAACUCAAGCUCAGCCUUUGGAACGAAGAAGUGCUGCUGGAAAAUGUAGAACUCAUUCCUGAAGCCUUUGAUUAUCUGCAAUUGCCAUUUGCUAUAAAGCAGGGUAGGGUUGGAAGGCUAAGCAUCAAAAUUUCGUGGAAAAAGCUUGGUUGGGACCACCCUAUCAUUAUUGUUUUAGAGGAUGUAUUCAUUUGUGCAUCUCAGCGGAAUGACCAUGAGUGGAGUAUGGAGGCAGUUGAAUCGAGAGAAUAUGCUGGUAAACAAGCUCAGCUUGCUGCUGCAGAGCUUGCAAAACUAUCAAGACGUGUGUGUGAUAAUCAAGCAGGGAAAUCAUUUAUUUCGUAUAUUACUGCAAAGGUUCUUGACA